AUGGACUGGGUGGCUGUAAGUAAAGGCCUGCUCUCCAGGCUGCUGUACCCGAAUCCAGUAUGCCUGCUGUCCGUAUGCAACAGCGACGGCAGCGCUCGCAAUGUCAUGACGAUCUCGUGGAUCACGGCCAUUAACAACCACGGCGGGUUCAUUUGCUCGAUCAAUGCUGCACGACAUUCGGUCAAAUUUAUAAAGCACGCGGGUGCUGUUUUCGUUCUAAAUGUUCCGGUUCGAGGGAUGGAAGAUCUGGUCUUGGCUAUAGGCGGCUGCACUGGAGCCGAGACGGACAAGUUUGAGAAAUUUGGCAUUGCUGUCUGUGGACCAGCCGGUAUAGAGCGCCAGGAAGUUCGAGAUGACGACAACGUGCAGACGAAGAAGCGGAAAUUGUCCAAGAAAGAGGUGGCAGAGCAAGGAAUUGCUCGUGCUAUCCACCAGAGUAUCGCACUGCGUGACUGCGUAGCACACUUGUUGUGCCGAGUAGAAUCUGUGACGGAAGAUAAUGGGCAUCUGCUGCUGCGGUGCGUGCAGCUCGCAGGAUGGACUCGACGGGCGUACUGGGAUGGACGCAACUUCAUCCCGCAAGCGAGUACAGAUGUGGAGCCCUACUUGACGUUUCUUGGCAGCAAAUCUUUUGGGUAUGUGGUGCCAGCGGACUCCAUGCCGUCACGAGCAGGAUCAAAAGAUGUAUGA